GGACCACUCUGCUCUGAGGAGACUACGUGUAUGUCCCUUCUACGCCAGGCAAUACGCUCUUGUGCACCCUCUCUCUACGCGUCCCGACAUCGCUUCUUUUCUGCCCAAGCAGCUUUCCCCAAUGCCACCUCAGACGAUGCCCAACGUACUGGUGGAUUCGGUCAGACUCUCGAUGCUUCAGGGCCUAAAGACUCUACGACAGAUUCAGUUGACUCUGACGCUACGGAGAUGAAGCCGAAACGCAGACGGAGAACCGUCAAAACAGUGACAGACGAAAAUGGAGAGGUUAGGGAGCGGAAGCCGAGGAAGAAGGCGGACUUGGAGGAGGAACCUCAACGAAAUCCACUCGAGCCAGGUCAGACUGAACUGUGGCUGCAAUCUUUGCAGAACGCUGGUCUUGCUCCUUCACUUAGAGAAGACCUGGAUAAACUGCGACGAUCUCCUCCGGGAAUUGGAUCUCCGAAUUAUGGGGAACAAUACGAUGACUUACUCGACACUGUAACUCGGACCUUCAGCGCUGCUCAGUUGAGUUCGUUUUGUCAGCAACUGGGAUUCCCUUACUACAAACGGCGCAAGAUGGAGCUCGCAGAGUCAAUAUUGGGUUAUUGGAGCUGGCGACCACCAAGGGAAAUUGAACGGAGGAUACGGGAAGAAACUGAGAUAUUACCACAGACUUUUCCUCUGGAACAGUAUCAUCUGUUCUUAGUAAUGGGCAAAGACGGCAGCGAUCUCCUACGAAUGUCUAAACGACACAACGUUUAUAUCUCUCUAACACGAAAUCCCUUGGCCCUACGGGUGGAAGGUAUACGGUCUUCUCUGGCCGCUGUCGCAGAACAUCUCAAGUCUGUCAAAGAGAAUAGGAUUGAGGAGGUGUUCGAGACCCCAACGAAAAAGCCUGUUCGGCAUGAUCUUAUCCAGAGGAUAUCUCGGAUAGCCAAUGCCUUUAUCGAGAAUCUGAAGACGGAAGGCCAGGUCAGAGUCUGCGCGAAUGAUCAAGUGAGCCUAACCGGUGCCAAACGUCUGGCUAUGCGGGCGGCCUCCGAGAUGGGGUCUGCCAAUCAACUAUUGUCUUACCGGCCGCCUGAAUAUGACAAUCCGGCUGUGUUGCCGACUAUGUCUCCACUGCAAACAUAUUCUCUGUAUCCAUUCUUGUCCCCUCGUGCGCCUCCAUGGCAGGUAAACACCAGUGGCACAUUUAGAUGGCGUCGUGUGGGGGACUGGCUUGGGAUAGAUCAAGUCGAGAAUGUGAAGGAGACAGGUGGACUUGCGGGCGAGAGAGGAGCUUUCCGUGAUCUCAAAGACGGGCAUGUACAACUUAGGCAGGUGCUCAAGCAAGGGCUGCCGGAGGUUCACGACGCAUCUGUGGGUUACAAACGGAUCAUUACUGCCCAGACUGGUCAUCUGUUAUACGCUUCACCAAACCAGGGUCAGCGGACGUCUAUUGUCCCACCUGUCAUGGGUCACAAGCAGUAUUCUGAACUACUUCAGUGGAUCUCCGAGGAUAAUCAGCGUCGGCCAUCCUUCGUCGAAACUUUACCCGCCUCUCUCCUGCGGUCAACGCCGGCCGAGCCUACCACUAUCCAUCGGCUAGUCUACAAUGCGCUCGAGAUCGCAGAAUCUUUGGAUAGAACCAAAAUCACUCCACCGAGGAAGACUGUCAACUUUGAAAUCGUACUUCAGGAGCCUUCGUCGUUGAAUAAUAUGCCUAAGACAGAGACUUCAAAUGACAAGCAGCCGUACGCUGGUUCCAAAUGCUGGAAGGGACUUCACACCGAUGUGGACGUGCUGAUGCCUGAUCGCCCUAUAGAUCUACGAUUUACGGUCAAGGAUAUGGUGAACAUCAGUGCUGGUAGCGAACCGGACGCCCUGCAAGCGUAUCAUGAUGCCCUUUGUGCAUACCUGGAAUCCACUGAGCCGGACCCAACACAACCUACACCGCCUCUAACGCUACACUACGAUGGCCAGGACUAUAUUCUCGGUUCGAGUACCACAAUACGACAGAGCCGAGAAGAUCUGCAGAGUCGCCUCAGUGUACCGGAUGGCUCUGUCGAAGCCGUGACGGAGAGUACGCUCGAUCUUGAGACUAACCACAAGUCUGCUGUUUGCUUGAUUUCGUGCACAAACUAUGAGUCGGAUGUGAUCUGGAAGGCGUUCCUGAGUGACUGUGACCAGUUCACAACGGCUCUUUAUAAGGCUAGCCGGAACCAGCUUUUAUUCUGACCCUCCAUGUAUCCCAUAUCACACACACACUGCUCAGGCGGAUAAUA